AUGUCCUUGUUGUCGUUGAACGACGACGUCCUCGCAGCUAUCAUUCUCUUCAUGCCACCCAGCGAGGUCCUGCCAUUCUCAAGGACAUGCAGAUACGCGUAUUCUGCCGCGAUUCCCCAGUAUCUCUCAGAAGUGACGAUUAAGAGUACCCUGCAGCUCGCCGGAUUCUGUGCUUUCGUGCUGGCCGAACCCUUUCACCGCCCCAUCUGCAUACACGGGCUUGAUCUCGCCCUCCAAAUAUUUCACGAACAAGACAUCUGUGCAAGUGUUUGUGCGCUGACCGAUAUACUACGCCGUGCAAUUUGUCUUGAUUCUCUGAGCGUCAGAAACUUGGAAAACCUCCUCUUAUUUGGGCCAUCACUCAGGAACGUGCUAGCCGCUCUGCCUGCUUUGCGGCAGAUUUCGUUCCGGGGCAUAGGUGAAAUCUCUCUCGCGGUGUUGUCACAAAUGGCCAGUCGCCCCCGCCACGUCAUACUCGACACGUUCUGGAAUGAAGCUGGGUACACCUGUGAAGGCGCUCUUGACAAAUUCGCCCAAUGUCUUGAGACGCUCGAGAUACGGCGAGCUUCUGGUUUCGUAAAGCUAAACGCCGAAGUUGUCUGGCCGCAUGUGCGCACACUCCAUGUCGCUUACAUUGACCACUCUACGUCGCUCUCUCGCCUCGCAUACGCGUUCCCCAAUGUACGGCAUUUCAAGUCCAUGGCGAGCCGGCCAUUUUUGCCCGACCACGGCCCACAUUGGGCCUUCCUGGAUUAUGUUGAGGCAGAUAUCCCUGUAGAGCUCUUCUCAAGCAUCCGCCGACUUGUGCUCCGUUGCCCCUACUCCAGGGAAUCUUCUGAAAUCAAUCGCCUCACACUGGACAUGCUUCGACGUGCGUCGCCUGUAGUGCUCGCGUGUCAGGUGCACCGAGACAUUGUCCCGCAUAUCGCGGAUGUCUUGCCCGCUCUGAAGUACCUCAAAAUAUUAGUUCGAGAGGAUUUAGCGAAGUCGAGCAUCGAAUCGCGCUCGCUCUCCAUCGCACACGCCGUCCAGAAGCUCCCCCUCGUCGCGCUUUCGUUGUGCCACGGCGAUCGCUGGCCCACUGCCUUGCACUGCGACAUCUCACGCCUCCAGUGCAUUGCGCGGGAGGUCGCGGCGGUACUCCCGACGUUGAAAGACGUCGGAUUCGAUGGGCCGUUGCUUCUCCCUCGUCAUGACGUCUGCCGUUGGUUCCGUGUGACGGACAGAAAUGGAGAUACUCCCCAGCUCCGCUUGCUUUCUCGACAGGAGGGUGAUGGGCUAGAGGCGCAGCUAGCAACGAUGGGCCCUGCUUGA